AUUUGAACGAGCGAGAAAUAGCAGUGAAAGUGAAUGUGGACGACCUAUGCAGACUAGCAGGCCUUGCAGGGCAGAGGAGAGGAAGGUUCCACCGUCCAGUAAAGAGGCAGCCGUGACCUACUUUCAUUGCUUAAAGUCGACUUUUAAGAAGAAGGAGAAGGGGGUGUUGCAGGACUGCAGGAAAAAGCUAAAAAGACAGCAGAGGAAAGCAAACAAACGCAACCGCAGGCGAACGGCUCUCCGUGUGUUAGAAGGAAAAAUGCCAACGGACGAGGUGUCCAAAUUACAGAGACUGCUGCAAUCAAAUGAGUAUAUCUCGAGUGAGGAGGACUUCUCCGAAGAAGGAGAAGAUGAAAACGAGGCAGCCAAACAUUUCCUUUUAAGACCGUUGCCUUGGGGAUCAGAGUUUGUGGAUCGGCACUUCAAACGCCUAGAUGGACACUCAAGGCGGAUGUCCAAAAGGCAUGGCGGGCCUGCAUUCCUUGUCCGAACAUAUGGCCUGCCCAGUGAACGGAUGCCACCAUCAGAUGCCCCAGACUAUGCCUUACGGGCAUAAAACACCGCAUACAAGGACUCAUAAGUACCACAAUAAAUCAUUUGAUAUGACAUUGUUUGUUAUCGUCUAUAUUUGCGUUAUUGAAACAGCUGUGGCCAAGCUCAG